CUGAGAAGUGUGAUCGGCCUGGUUGCAUAACCGCAGCAAAAGGACAAAGUAUGUAGAUUUUGCCCAAUAGUCGACGGGGUGGGUUUACUGGGUGAUCGGGUUCACAAACACACGCACACGGCUUGGACAGUGUACAGAAGGAGCCUCACAAUGUCGGGGUCUGAGUUUGAAUCUUUGGAGAAGAUAUUGGAGAAACAUAUUCCAGAUGAGGAACUGAAAGAAGUUAAACGAAUCUUGUUUGGAAAAGAAAUCAAGUGAGUUGUUGUCGAAUUCUGCACGCGACACUAUUAGUCUGCAAAAAUUGUAGGCUCGUUGUCUGUAGGCUACUAGCCAGCAGAUCCAACCCGCUUGCUUACAACUGCACUAGGGUCAGACAGGAUUCUUGUGUAGAUAAAGAGAACAUGGAGCCUGCACGAGUUAUCGCUCAGAAAACUAACCUCAAUCCAGGGAUGAGAAAGAUGUUGUACUCCGAAUUAUCCCAUUAUCCCAACUGUUACACCAAAAAGAUUGAACGACUGCUAUUUUCUCCGGAAAACUGUCCUUUUCAUCCUCAUGCUAGGUAGCAGAAGCCACAGCAGUCAUUUUGGAAUGGCAGUGUCAGCAAAUCAGCUCAUUUACGUAAUUUAGCAGACGCUCUUAUCCAGAGCGACUUUGUUGUUCAACGCGAUGUGGCAUUCCAUAAUUGCUUCUGUGUCUAUGGCUAGCUAGCGUGAGGACGAGAACGACAGUUUACUUAAAAACUAGCAGUCGUUCAAUCUUCUCGGUGUAACAUUUGGGAUAAUGGGACAAUUCGGAGUCCAGCCAAUGAUGUAUAUAAACCCUGGAUUGCUGAUACUAUGUAUUGGCUAUUGAGAGGCUUUGAAGCCACCAGUCGGCCAUACUGACACUCCGCAGUAGGAGCAGUCCUCCAUAAGAAUGAAUGGAAUUCUACAGUAUUUCAAUUAAAUUGACAAAAUUACAUGUAUAUAAGUAUUUAUUUAUUGUAGUGGGGACAGUAACAUUAGUCAUCUAAAAAAAAACUACUUUAAAGGAAAUGUAUAUAUAUUUUUCAUUUUUGUUAUUUGUAUGUUUAGCUCACAUAAUAUAAUUUAAAAGCAUACAUUAAGUUGUCUUUAAAAUAAUACAUGUGGCAAAAACAAAUGUAGACAUUAAUAAAUGCAUUUCUACAGCUUCCAAAAUACUUUAUACAAUGGUGGGGGUGCCAAGAUGGAGGCACAGUGGCUUCAACACAGCGCCACCUAUCAGUCAUCUAGUGUUUAUAUAAAUCAUUGAGUACAACGCAUUUCUCAUCCCUGGAUUGAGGUACGUUUUCCGAGCCAUAUCUCAUAUCUCGCACCGGCUCCUACGGUGUCUUAAUCUACACAGAAAACCUGUCCAACCCUAGUGCAGCUUUAAGGAAGCGGGUCGGAUCUGCUGGCUAGUAGGCUACCAGAGAAAAUAGAUCAAGUUUCAUAACUAUUUGGACAGUAUGUACAGCCACACUGCUAUUAUGAAGUGAAACAUAUAGGAAAAUAUUGCUGCCUCUUCAUUUUCAUAUCCAAUCAUUCCUUUUCACUCUGAUGUUUUGCAUAGUGAGUAAAUUAUUUACAAUGAAGUGGACUUUGACCAGUCAGUGUCCUUUCAACCGCUGUCAUAUUUGUGCCUGUAGAUUGGGGCAGUAUUGAACCUUUCAUGGGGGUAAUCCUCAGUCUUCAGUAUAUGGUUGGUACCCCAUGGCAGCCAUGGCCAAAUUAAAGGGAUAGUUAAAUCAAAAACGGUUUUUGUUUGAAUUUUGUUAGUUAGUCAACUGUUAAUACAAUUACACAAAGAUGUACUUGUUUGAAGGCUUUACCAGCAAUACAGGUGUUGCUGAGGCUCUGUGAACCCAGACGAGAGUCAAUUAAGUCAUUUCUGUCUGGGUAAUUAGGGUUAUCUGACCUUCUGUCCCUCCGCAUAUUGAUUUAUUUCCUCCUUGAAACUACGGUUUACAGUACAUUUGACAAUCUCUUGCAGGAAGUUGAUUCUACCAGCAUGUGCAGUGGAGGCUGCUUUGGAGCGGGACUUUGAGCUUCAGGGGUACAUGUUUGAAGCUUCCCCGGAGCAGCUCAGGACCCCGAGAACUGUCCGGGUGGGCCUCAUUCAAAACCGCAUCGUUCUGCCCACUGAUGCCCCUGUUCUGGAUCAGGUUAGAGAGGAAUGACUACUUGGAUUCAAUUUAUUUUACCAACCAAAGCCUACUACAAUAUUGUUUGCAGCUAUGGCUCUCUCUCCUUCUUCUCAUUAUAUAUGCAUGGGAAGUUACAAUUGCACUUUCAAGUCCUUGCUAUGAGCAGUGUUGAGAAGAUGCAUGGGGCUUGGUGACUGAUCCCUGUGUUCGUACCUCUGCCCAGAUCACAGCGCUCCACAAAAGGAUUGGUGAGAUGGUGGAUGUGGCGGCUAUGUGUGGGGUCAACAUUGUCUGCUUUCAGGAGGCCUGGAGUGAGUGACAUAACUAGAUCUCGGUCUUACUGGGGUAGCCUAUUAGAGCUUAUCAAUGCUUUCCCGAAACUUUUCUUUGUGCAAUUUGUUACAGAGUAUACGAUAAUUCCACUUGAAAUAGGAUACAAAUUGUGCCUGUUCACUUUACAGUAACUGUCGACUUUUGGAAUUAUAACAGGGUGAUAGGAUCUGGGUAUACGGCAGUAGGUUCAUUUGUCCUUAAUUGGUCAUAGUGACGUCAGCAGCACACCAAACAGUCUGUCGUCCUAUUUGUUUUGGCUCCUAAAUGGCAUUUUGAUGUGUUGUGAAUGAGGAGUGCAUUACUCUGGCUCCUUAGAGUCUCCCAGUAUAGAAACACACUAAACUCAACCCUAAGUGCCCCAUGAGGGAGGUGACCCCCAUCCCCACAACUAUUUACGACAAUGAUAAGCGUACACAGAGGUUUGCACCAAAAUGCUUCUCAUGGUGUAAAGACUGCUCAUGUGACAAAUAGUUGGAGCAUAUUGUGCAUAUUUUCUGUCCUCUGAGAGACAUACUUAUGAUAUGCACACAAAGUUAUGUUUAACUGUUCUCUAGUUUGCCUUGCUCUGACUGCCUUGAGUUUUUGGAGAUGAUCCUGCUUUGUUCCCCACCACAGCUAUGCCCUUUGCUUUCUGUACCCGGGAGAAAGAACCGUGGACAGAGUUUGCUGAGUCUUCAGAAGAAGGAUACACUACCCGCUUCUGCCAAGAGGUGAGAGUUCAGGGGUCAUCCAGAGUACAGGAAUGUACCAUGUCUAAUGCAACACUGCUAGUGACUCAUACUCUGAGAACAGUCAGAGUAGUAGCCAUUUAAUAGUAUGGUUAGUAAGUAUGCACAAUUAUACUGUAGUUUUACAAAUUCCUUUAACAGCAAUUACAUUUACAUUACAUUUACAUUUACAUCAUUUAGCAGACGCUCUUAUCCAGAGCGACUUACUAAUUGGUGCAUUCACCUUAUAGCCAGUGGGAAACCACUUUACAAUUAUUAUUUUAUUUUAUUUUAUUAUUAUUAUUAUUAUUAUUAUUAUUAUUAUUAUUAUUAUUAUUAUUAUUAUUAUUAUUAUUUUAUUUAUAUUUUGUGGGGGUGGGGUGGGGGGGGGGGGGGUAGAAUGAUUACUUUUAUACUAUCCCAGGUAUUCCUUAAAGAGGUAGGGUUUCAAGUGUCUCCGGAAGGCGUCGUGAGGGAGCUUGUUCCACCAUUGGGGUGCCAGAGCAGCGAACAGUUUUGACUGGGCUGAGCGGGAACUGUGCUUCCGCAGAGGUAGGGGGACCAGCAGGCCAGAGGUGGAAGAACGCAAUGCCCUCGUUUGGGUGUAGGGACUGAUCAGAGCCUGAAGGUAAGGAGGUGCCGUUCCCCUCACAGCUCCGUAGGCAAGCACCAUGGUCUUGUAGCAGAUGCAAGCUUCAACUGGAAGCCAGUGGAGUGUGCGGAGGAGCGGGGUGACGUGAGAGAACUUGGGAAGGUUGAACACCAGACGGGCUGCAGCGUUCUGGAUGAGUUGUAGGGUUUAAUGGCAAAGGCAGGGAGCACAGCCAACAGCGAGUUGCAGUAAUCCAGACGGGAGAUGACAAGUGCCUGGAUUAGGACCUGUGCCGCUUCCUGUGUAAGGUAGGGUCAUACUCUGCGAAUGUUGUAGAGCAUGAACCUACAGGAUCGGGUCACCGCUUUGAUGUUAGCGGAGAACGACAGGGUGUUGUCCAGGAUCACGCCAAGGUUCUUUGCACUCUGGGAGGAGGACACAACAGAGUUGUCAACCGUGGUGGCGAGAUCAUGGAGCGGGCAGUCCUUCCCCGGGAGGAAGAGCAGCUCCGUCUUGCCAAGGUUCAGUUUGAGGUGGUAAUCCGACAUCCAUACUGAUAUGUCUGCCAGACAUGCAGAGAUGCGAUUCGCUACCUGGUUAUCAGAAGGGGGAAAGGAGAAGAUGAAUUGUGUGUCGUCUGCGUAGCAAUGAUAGGAGAAACCAUGUGAGGAUAUGACAGAGCCAAGUGACUUGGUGUAUAGAGAGAAUAGGAGAGGGCCUAGAACUGAGCCCUGGGGGACACCAGUGGUGAGAGAACAUGGUGCGAAGACAGAUUCUCGCCACGCCACCUGGUAGGAGCGACCUGUCAGGUAGGACGCAAUCCAAGAGUGAGCCGCGCCGGAGAUGCCCAACUCGGAGAGGGUGGAGAGGAGGAUCUGAUGGUUCACAGUAUCAAAGGCAGCAGAUAGGUCUAGAAGGAUGAGAGCAGAGGCGUGAGAGUUAGCUUUAGCAGUGCGGAGAGCCUCUGUGACACAGAGAAGAGCAGUCUCAGUUGAAUGACCAGUCUUGAAACCUGACUGGUUUGGAUCAAGAAGGUCAUUCUGAGAGAGAUAGCAGGAGAGUUGGCAAUAGACGGCAUGCUCAAGAGUUUUGGAGAGAAAAGAAAGAUACUGGUCUGUAGUUGUUGACAUCGGAGGGAUCGAUUGUAGGUUUUUUGAGGAGGGGUGCAACUCUCGCUUUCUUGAAGAUGGAAGGGACAUAGCCAGCGGACAAGGAUGAGUUGAUGAGCGAGGUGAGGUAAGGGAGAAGGUCUCCGGAAAUGGUCUGGAGAAGAGAGGAUUACAAUGAACAGAUAUGAAACUGUUGUCAAAUAAUGCCAUUGCAUAGAUUGGAGAUUGGCAUUGCUCCUUAGUGUAUUAUUUAGCAUGUGAAAUAAUGUUCCAUUGUUUAAUUACAAGGCACAUUCUACAACAUUAUAUAGGCCUAAUUGUUGAAUGUAUACUGUUUUGAGAAACAGAGUGAUUGUACUGUAGGUUAGUUCGCAAAGCUAAUAAUAUUGAAUAAUAAAUAAUAAAUGUUUGUGUUGGGAGUUCAUGCUCAGCUUGUGGACUAAAACAUAUAAAAAACAUCAGCUCCCAUCUGAAAUGAGCAUUCCAGCACGUAGCUGUGCGCUGUUGUCCACAAUACGUCCCUGUGUCUACACGUACUGUAUGUGUGCUGAUAGAGAUGGGUAAUUCCAGCCUUGUCUCUUUGUAUGAUGACCCAUGUCUAAAACUACUCUUGUUUGUCUUCAGCUGGCAAAGAAAUACAAUAUGGUAGUGAUAUCGCCCAUUUUGGAGCGAGAAGAGGUACACAACGUUCUGUGGAACACGGCAGUAGUGGUCUCUAACUCGGGCAGCGUGCUGGGUAAAACCAGGAAGAAUCACAUUCCCCGGGUGGGAGACUUCAACGAGGUCAGUACAGUAAUCAAUAUUUUUAUCAGCGAUCAAACAAUCAAUCAAACAAUUGUAUGUAUACAGCCCAAUUUGUCACAAAGUGACAAAACACCCAGUAUACAGUACUGUAUGUCUCACAGCUGGCACUGUUGAUCCUCUCCAUGAUGGUCUGUGCCUCUGUCCACAACCUAUGUAUCACCCAGGGAACACGUGCCUUCUUUCACAGAAUAUGGUUUUCCAGUGAGCUUCAAGGAAUUUAACAGUGAAACCACACAGGCACUAGUUAAAUUACAGGGAUCAGAGAGGGCUCUUGCAUGUGUGGAUAGCAUACCUCCUACCCUACUGCCAUAGUUGCCGUGCAGUACAUGCUGCACUUUCUAUGUCUGAAAGGUUAUGUACAUGUAAGUGUACAACAAGUCCUGAGCAGAUCACUGUGUACAUAUUAAUUGAAUAGUGUCCUAUUUGUUCAUCAAACAGUAAGUCCUCAUAUCCAGCUCCCACAAUAGUGUGUCUAGGAAGACAUGGGUGCUCGCUCAUUACUUGGUGAACACAACAGGUUCUCCAUAAUCAUGUCAUGUCAUCCAAUAAACCUAUUUACAGGUCAAUGGAUUCUGCAUGUUCAUGUUUUUUUGUCAUUUAGCAGACGCUCUUAUCCUGAGCGACUUACAGGAGCAAUUAGGGUUAAGUGCCUUGCUCAAGGACACAUCAACAGAUUUUUCACCUAGUCGGCUCGGGGAUUAGAACCAGCGACCUUUCGGUUACUGGCACAACGCUCUUAACCACUAAGCUACCUGCCGCCCCAUGUUCAUUGCUCAUGUUCAUUGUCCUACACUGACACCUACAGUAUCAACCAUUUCCACCAUUUCCUUAGGAAUACAUUAGAUCUGUAGAGGUUGUGACAAUUUAUUUGAACCUUCUUUAACUUUAGUCUUUUUUCUAUAUUUCCUUACACGUAACCCUGUUAAAAUGACCUUUUACAUCUUUUUAUGUAAGAUAUACUAUACUAGAUGCAGAUAUGCACAGACUUUUGCUUUGACUUUUUAUUCUUCCCUCCCUUACUCAGUCCACAUAUUACAUGGAGGGAGACACUGGCCACAGAGUGUUUCAGACCCAGUUUGGAAAGAUUGCUGUGAACAUCUGCUAUGGGCGCCAUCACCCUCUGAACUGGUUAAUGUAUAGUAUGAAUGGAGCAGAAAUCAUCUUCAACCCCUCUGCAACUGUUGGAGGACUCAGUGAGCCCAUGUGGUCAAUCGAGGCUAGGAAUGCAGCUAUAGCAAACCACUGCUUCACCUGUGGAAUCAACCGUGUUGGGACUGUAAGUACCACCAAAGACAGGUUUAUUUUGUUCCACAUCUUCCUCUAUUACAACCACGUAUUAUUGAGCCAAGUCCUAGGUGCAUUGUAACAUCUAUUCUAUGCUGCCCCCUACUGCCUCCAUAGUCCAAUUAUCUACAGUAUACUGGUAUUCCUUCUAUUGUGUAUAGUAGCCUCAUAUGCCACUGCUAGACUUCACAGCUGGUGUAAAUUACAUAAUGAAUGUGCCAUCAUGAUGCGGUUUUCUGACAAGGAUAUCUCUUGUUUUAUGUAGGAGCACUUUAACAAUGAGUUCACCUCUGGGGAUGGAAAAAAAGGUAUGAAUAUUUUAGUCUUUUUUUAGGACACUGUCCUCUCCUGCCUUAUCCUGUAUGUGACAAAAUAUAGUCAUAUGCAAAUCUCUAUUUCAACUCAACACUGCAUCUUUCUGUCAAGAAUUUGACAUGGAUCUAUGUAUGCAUGAGAUACUUCUGAAUAAGUCAACGCAUCGAUAACGGAUAUCCAGACAUGGGUCAAGUCUAUGCCAGCAUCAUUGACAGUGCAUAGACCCGUGUUUCAUAUACAGUGAUGUCCAAAACUAUUUGGACAGUGACACAUUUUCUGUUGUUUUGAGUCUGUACAAUAUGUGAAAAUGUUUCUAAAAAUGUUUCUGAAUACUUCUACAUUAAUGUGGAUGCUACCAUGAUUACGCGUAAUCCUGAAUGAAUCGUGAAUAGUGAUGAGUGAGAAAGUUACAGAGGCAUAAAUAGCAUACCCCCCAUAAAUGCUAACCUCCCCUGUUAUUGGUAAUAGUGAGAGGUUAGCCUCUGUAACUUUCUCACUCAUCAUUAUUUACGAUUCAUGCAUGAUUAUCCAUAAUCAUGGAAUCAUCCACAUGAAUGUAGAAAAGUUCAGAAACUUAUUAUAUUCUUAUUUACAAUAAAAGUGACGCCAAAAUGACACAAUACAUUAUUUACCAUUAAUUUCUAUUGGGCACAAAAUAAUCUGAAGAAUAAUCUGAAACACAACCCCCCUCUUUUGCCCUCAGAAGAGCCUCAAUUUGUCUGGGCAUGGACUGUACAAGGUGUCAAAAGCAUUCCACAGGGAUGCUGGCCCAUGUUGACUCCAGUGCUUUCUACAGUUGUGUCAAGUUGGCUGGAUGUCCUUUGGGUGGUGGACCAUUCUUGAUUCACACAGGAAACUGUUGUGUGUGAAAAACCCAGCAGCGCUGCAGUUCUCGACACAAACCGGUGCGACUGGCACCUACUACCAUACCCCGUUCAAAGGCACUUAAAUAUUUUGUCUUGCCCAUUCACUCUCUGAAUGGCACACAUACACAAUACAUGUCUCAAUUGUCUCAAGGCUUAGAAAUACUUAUUUAACAUGUCUCCUCCCCUUCAUCUACACUGAUUGAAGUUAAUUUAACAAAUGACAUCAAGACUGAUUCACCUGGUCAGUCUAUGUCUUGGAAAGAGACGGUUUUCUUAAUGUUUUAUAUACUCGGUGUAAGUGAAUUUUUCCAAAUACUUUUGGUUCCCUAAAAUGGGGGGACUAUGUACAAAAAGUGCUGUAAUUUCUAAACCGUUCACCCGAUAUGAAUGAAAAUACCCUCAAAUUAAAACUGACAGUUAACCUCAUAUUCAUUGUAUCAUCCAAAGCACUGGAGUACAGAGCCAAAACAACAAAUUUGUCACUGUCCAAAUACUUUUGGACCUCACUGUAUGAGCCACACCCCAGUGCAAAGUGUCUAUCUGCUGUUGACACUCUGCAUCCAGAACAGGCCCGGGGAAAGCAGCCAUAUCAACAAGUGUCAUGUUGCUGAAUGUUAUUUCCACACUCAUAUCCAAAGACUUCAAUACCCAUGUAUAAAGUUGCAGGUUGAACAUGCAGUCCUGCCCUACUCUUGUUACACGUAGCUGAAAUCUGACCAGGUAGACACAAGCCACCUGUCAUCCAGUUGGGAUUCCUCCGACUAGUUUUAUUGAAAAGCUGAUUGUCAACUAGUCCUGUCUUUGUUCCUUAUAGCUCACCAAGAUUUCGGGCACUUCUAUGGGUCAAGCUAUGUGGCUGCUCCGGAUGGCAGCCGCUCACCAGGCCUGUCCAGAACCCGUGACGGACUCCUUGUGACCGAAAUGGACCUUAACCUGACCCGGCAAGUCAGUGUCAAAUGGAGUUUUAAGGUGAACUACUGAGAUUUCACAAUAACCUUAUUUCACAACAGUGGCCAUAUUUUACAUGAUUUCAACUCAUGUUUUUGGCAGUAACAGCAGUUCAUCACGUCCUUCUUGGAAAUGCAUUUUUGCCUAACAGACAUCACUAUCUGGUCUACCUGUAUAGCUUUCAGUUAGGCGAUAACACAACCCUGGUCUAUUACAUUUGCAUUAAGUGGUUUGCACUGUAACUAUCUGCAGAUGACUGGGAGGUAUGGAGAGUAUGCAGAGGAGCUCACCAGGGCCACCAAGCAGGACUUCAAGCCCAACAUUAUCAAGGAGUAGAAGAUCCAUGUGUCCUGAAGGGACCCCUACACAGAGACGUGCUGCUCUGUAGACAGUAUCUCAAUGAGGACAUGAAGUCAGUGUUGAGGCAGACAUGACUAGUGCCAUCGAGAGUAUGAACGGACCAGUCAAGCUAGCCAUGAACUAAACCAAAUUAUCUGUUCAAAUUAUUUUAUUGAUUACAGUAAGUAAAUGGAAUUGUAUAUUUCAUAAAAAUAAAGUUUGCCAUUUUAACACAACGUGCUCAUAACAAAAAUACACAACCAGGAAUAAAUAAUUGUCUUCCCACCCAUUUAGUAGAUUGGGAAAAUAUCUUAUGUUAAAAUGAAAAUUAAAUAAAACAUAAUUAUGGCUGGUACAAAUACCAUAGUGCAAUAACAUCAUCCAUGAUACCAAAAUGUAAAAAUAAAUGUUGAAUGAGAAUUAAGUAAAGGUGUCAUUCUACGUAUUGAUAGCGGUUUUCAACAGAAAACAUCUUAUGAUCGAGUUCCUUUAAAACUUUACGGUAGUGUUAAGUCAUACCCUGAAGCAAAACCUACAAAGCAUCCAUCUACCCCGUACUGAGUAUUUCAGACGUUACAUUGUCUCCACUCUCCCUUACACUGUAAAGGGACCUUCCGAUGAAACAACAUUAACUGAUUAUCUGGUGCACACAACAAGAGCAAAGUCUGUUCAAAGCAGCUGGCUGAGGUUGAACAUGAUGUCCUGAUGGCUGACAUCUAAGCCUGCCAGGCAGAUUUGGUUCCAUAAACAGGCUAUUGGUCAAGUUGUAUUGCAUUAAGAAAAUGAGUUUGUGAAAUGGGUUUGCCAUUGUAAUACAACACAUCAGACUUCAUGGACAUUAAUUACCUGAGUCUUUCAAAAACAAUGUAUCCCUCUAUUCCCUGUUAUUAGAAAAUCCUAAAUAAUAAGUUACGUUUAACAGACAGACAAGCCACCAAAGGUCUCUUCACAAUCCCCAAGUCCAGAACAGACUAUGGUAGGCACACAGUACUACAUAGAGC